UAAAUGCGCCGCACUGCGCUGCGCUGCGCCGCGCACCCGUGAACACAAGCUAGUAACAGUCGGUAUAUCAAAGGGAGCGGUUCGUUCGUGCCUCUGUAUUCGGACUGCGUUUGAAGCAUCUUUAUCGUGCACCAGUCUAUGUGCGUACAUUUCCAUGCUACCUGGACAUGGUUGUUAUUGAGUUAGCAAACAUUCUGGAAACAUGAGUAUUGAGUGGAACCGUAGGCAAAUUCAGCAAGUCGUAGAACUGUACAGAGAAAAGCGGGAACUGUGGGAUCAUGCAGAUGAUAAUUAUCACACAAAAAACAAGAAAAAUGACGCUUGGCUGUGGAUCGCAAAUGGUAUGGGCUGCAAAGUGGAUGAAGUAAAGAAGAAGAUGGCCUCCUUAUUGUCUUCUUACAGAAGAGAAAGAAUGAAAAUGAGAAAGUCUAUGUACUCUGGAAAAGGACGGGCUAGUACUUGGUUUGCUUUCAAGUACUUCACAUUCCUGAAAGAAAAAUACGCACCUACACGUAUCAUGAAGACAGAAAUCUUUGGCCACGGGAACGAUUCGGGAGUAACGAUUUCUGAUGAUGAAGAAAACUUCCAAGAUUCUUCACAAAAUGUUUUUGGAGAAGCAUCAAGUAUAGAUCACACUUCUCGUGAGGAAUUUGCCACAUGUGUUGCCACUAAUGAAGAAGGAAGGUCGCGCAAACGAAAAGUUUCCCAGUCUGCUAAACAACAGAAUAUGAAAAGCAAGAAAAAAGAACCAAGGCCCAUGCAAGCGUACAGUACUUUGGAUAGUGUGGGAAAUAUUCAUCACGAUGAAUGCUCUACUUUUGGCGAACAUAUUACAACAAAGCUUCGAAAAUUUGACGAGAGACGAAGAACCAUUUUAAUGCAUAAGAUAAAUAAUUUGAUCUUCGAGGAAGAGAUGUGCCUGUACUCACAGCAACAUACAUCAGAUGGUGCAUCUUUUUCUCUCACUGUCUCUCCUCGUUGUAGUCCUGAUCCAGCACAGUUAUAACAGAUUUCAUGCCAUUCAUAGUUAAUUAUUCAACCUAUUCAUCCUCAAGCUCAUUCAUCUACUGUUUUUCAUAGUCAGUAAUGUCAUGCCAAAUUACAUCAUUUUUAACUCGCCAAACAAUCACAACCAACUCUAUUCAUUCACUUCAGCAAUUGCAACCACUAGAUACAACUUAAUCCAUAAUUAUAACGUUCUGUUUAAAUAAUUUUGUACCUUAAGUGUAUUUUGUCUGCGCUAAUGUGUUAAAACUGCCCAUUGAUUGUUGAAUAUGACAGUAACUACCCAGUGUAUUUAAAAAGGUGACGAAAGUAAGUUUUUUGUGUUAGUAUGAGUGUAAUAUGAGGUAUUCUUAUUAUGAAAAUUUGUGUAACAUGUAACAGAAUGAAACCUACGAAAUAAGUUUGUAAAUAUUCGAGAGGAAGUGAAUCGAAUUGAUAAGGCAAACAAAUUCAUUGCCUAUCUUCCAGCUGUCUUCUUCUUAUGUUUUCUAUUGUCUUCUAUCGAUACAUAUGUAAACUAUACUGUGCCACACUGUCUGUCUGUAUGUCAAAGCUAAUCUCAGAAAAUACAUUACGGAUUUUGAUUCGGUUUUGAUUAAUAGACUGUUUCAAAAUGAAGGUAUGUGUAUAUAAUUUAUAAAUAACUAUUCAACACCGCUGUUAAAACGAUGUUAUUUUCACCUAACAGUACAGGUACUGCAAUUCCAGAGCAGGGAAGCCUGACCAAAAUCUCUGUUGGGCCUGGUGAUGUCAUGGUAAAAGAAAAGGUCGUGGCAGCAAAUUGCAGGCUGACCGCUGAUAUUUAUCUCAGCUCUUUAACAUUGAAUUCACCUCUCAAUGAUGUGGAGAUUCGUCAGAAACAAAACGUUUGAAUUGCACAUUAAAAUGGGUGGAUAACUGGGCAGGGGCACACAGGACACCAAACUGCCAUCCACUUGAAAGACUUGCACCAGGCUAUUCAACCAGAUAAAGUGAUUAUUAACACAAGCUAUACAUUUAUUAUACAUGGCGUACAUUCACCUUCAUUACAUCUUAUGAAUUAACAUCCCCUGCUGCCUCUUUCUGCCUGUAUGUGAAGGCUACUCUCAGCAACUACUGCAGUGUGUUGACACUUGCACUGAACUGAAUCUGUCAGCAAGUUCUAAUAACGCAUGAACACUACCUGUUCGAUAUUUAAAUGUCAUUUGGACUGACAUCUCAAGGCAAAGGUGGGAGAUAAGCUACUGCCUCUCUGUGGCAUGUGUAAGCCUUCAAUGUCCAGCUCAUGUUGGUGUCACAUUGCAGUAACUUGUAUGAAAGUGAUGAUAUUCAGUUACUUAACGUUGACUUAUUCAGUUUUAAUCAUAACUCUAUGUGCAGCUCUCACAAAUGUAUUGAAACACAGUGUAAAGGUAAAUUGUUAGUCCUCAUUGUCUUCAUAUAAAAGUUUCCUACAUAAGGAGCUGCAGUUGCUUGUUGCAAGUAAUUCCUAGUAAUGAAAUCACGUAUCCAAAGUAUAAGGUGUUUAACAAAUAGCUUUCCCUUCAGUUAGAUUGACAAUAAGUAGGCAUAAAAGACGGUUUUUAGUGCUAUUUAGAGCAAAGUAUAAAUUUUUUAAAAAUCAAAGAGAAACCACAAAAAUGCGAAAUAUCAAGCAAAAAUCACUAUUUUCUCAAAAAGUUGAUUUUAGUAAUAAGAAAGUCAAAUAGAAAUGUACAAAGAAUAUUCGUAAUUUUUCAAACAUUUUUACGUUUUUUUCACACAUUUUCAUGAUUUCUUGAAGCAUUUUUACUAUAUUUUAAAAUAUUCACCAAUAAUUUAGAAUUAUCUUCGAAGGUACUUCAGACAUUCACAUCAUUUGUCCGAAUAUGUUCCAAAGAUGUAUCAAAUACAUUCUAAAAAUUUCAAAUAAAAGUAUAUAUACAAAAGUUUCAAAUCAUUUUCUCAUUUUCAUGUCUUUUUCCUAGAAUAUGUUGAUUAUAUUUCCAAAAUUUUUAUAAAAUUUAAAACAUUGUUUUAAUAUCUUAACAAGAGAUGAAACAUAAAACACUAAAAAUACUUCAAACUAAAAACUCUAUAGUAUUAAAUUCAUGAUAAUAUCCUUGUUAUUUCCUUCUUUAUAUCUCAGUUCAAUAUUUUGAUCUUCAAACAAUUGUAAACCCCGUUCACCUAUUAGCCGCAAGUAUUUCUUUGGUAAAAUAAUUUCACAGUAAUUAUUUAGUUCUAUAUAAUUUUUUUCUCCAUAUCUUAUGUACAAAUUACUGCAUCCAGAAAUAAGACAUAAAACAUUAUCUAGCUCAUUAACAUUCUUAAAUAAUUUAUUACUGUUUACAUUAUUGAGUUUUUAGAUACGACUCCUAUUGUAUAGCAAAGAACUUAAUUUAAAAAUUGAAAAAUAUUUAUUAUAGAAAAAUGUUUAAUAUAAAAAUGUAAGUUUUUCAUAGUGGAAAAAUAAAAAAUAUUUUAUUUCAUUCAAGUUUCUUCAAAAAAUCAAGACAGGAAAUAGAGAAACUUUCUAAGACAUUGAAUAUGACUAAUAUUUGGGAGGUAUUUAAAUUUUCCAAAGUUAUUUUUGUUGAGAUAAGUAAGAAACAAAAAGAGAAACAAAUUCAAUGUAAUAAUUGCAAAUAUUAUUUUAAACCUUCUUAAAUUACAGAAUAUUUGACAAGUGUAAAAGAUAUGAAUGCCACUGACUAUAUUAAAGAUACUUAUGGAGAUGAUGUACUUGAUUUUGAAAUUUUUCUAGAUGUAAUGAAAGUUUCAUAUAUAUUUAGGGAAGAAUUUAGAAAGUGAAAUUCUCUCUUUUAUGAUAUUAUAAUCUUAAUUAACCAACAAAAUAAGUUACCCAAAAUGCUGGAAGAUUUAUUUCUUUACAUAUUAUUGUUAAAAAUUUCUUGCUCAAUAAGCAAUAAAUGAUUAAUGUAAAAGUGUAUAUAAAAUUAUUUUUUCUUAUUAAAAUUUUUUUAAUAAUUGGACUAAAAAAUCAAGAUGCAGUCUGAAGACUGCUUUAGCUGUUGGAACAACGAAAAACCAAAACUAAAAAUUUGUACAGUUGAAGAGAUCAUAGAUCUGUUUAAUAAUUUGGCUAUCGAUAAAAUAUCCAUCUUUGGUGUUGAAUCUGAAGAAUGCAAUAGAAAAAGAUUAAAAGAAUUUCAUAACUUCAAAAAAAUGUAAAAUAUUAAGAAAAAUUUAACUUCUCAGAUAAUAUUCUGUGUUGAGUAUUAUACAUUAAAUUCUUUUUUCUAUAGAUAAUUAUGUAAAAAGUGUAUCACCUGGUAUUUUAUCAUUAAAAGUUGGA